GGCGAGGACCUCAGCAUCAACGACAAAGACAUCUUGCGUGCUGUUGCAUAUAAAAUCAAGUCACAUACCACAGAGGCAAAUUUCAACAUGCUACAGUUUGCUUUUCCCUCUGCCAAUGUUCCGAGCCUUAAAAAGGCAAAAUCCCGAGUCGCAUUUCUAUCAGGACUAGAGCCUCGGCAUCGUGACUGUUGUGUCAACUCGUGUUGUUGUUUUGUUGGACCAAAUGAAGAUCUUGAAGUCUGUCCGCACUGCAGUGCACCACGUUACCAGUCAAACGGGCAGCCACAAAAACAGUUCUCCUAUGUGCCUGUCAUCCCACGACUCGUCUCUAUGUUUCAGAAUCCAGCAUUAGCAUCCAAAAUGAAAUACCGUGCCCAUGAUCACAUACACACCCCUGGAUCUAUCAGUGACAUCUUCGAUGGUUCAUGGUACCGUGAGCUGCUCACGAAAAAUGUUGUCAUCAACGGAACCACAAUGCCAUUCACUCACUUUGAUGACACUCGAGAUAUUGCCCUUGGUUUGUCCACUGAUGGAUUUGCCCCUUUCCGUCGUCGCAAAACCACA